AUGGUGAGUGCGGAGCGGCGGGUCUCGCAAUCGCUUUCCAUCCCGCGCCUCCGCGUCGCCUGGCCGCCCGGCGCUGCGGGGGAACCCAGACUCCCGGGCCAGGGGCGCCGGCGGGCAGGGCGGGGGCGCGCGCCGGGCCUCGGAGGGCGGGAGCGGGACGGCCGCUCUCCGCCGGGUGCCGCGGCCGCCGUCCCCGCCGCACGGCGCGCUCUCGCGAGACCCGGGCCGCGGCGGCUCCGGCGUCCUCCGCCCGCGCUCAGCGCCCGCGCCCCGCGCCCCCCGCAGACGAAGGGGACGUCGUCGUUCGGGAAGCGGCGCAACAAGACGCACACGCUGUGCCGGCGCUGCGGCUCCAAGGCCUACCACCUGCAGAAGGCGGCGUGCGGCAAGUGCGGCUACCCCGCCAAGCGCAAGCGCAAGUACAACUGGAGCGCCAAGGCCAAGCGGCGCAACACCACGGGCACCGGCCGCAUGCGGCACCUGAAGAUCGUCUACCGCAGGUUCAGGCACGGAUUCCGAGAGGGAACGACCCCCAAGCCCAAGAGGGCGGCGGCUGCAGCCUCCAGCUCGGCGUGAGGGCUCGGCAGUGGCUGGCGCAAUAAACAUCUGUCUGAACAAAAUGA